AUGUCUGGCGCCCGCAAGACCCCUCCGACGGUUCCAUACCCAAUACCUCUUCUGUUCCACGGCUGGCAUAUAAUGGCUCAAGGGUUGCCCUCCUUUAUAUCGAAAGCCAUCUCUGAAACGGACAGACUAAUGGAACAAACACCUAGCCAAGACAAGACGGUGGUUCCAGCCCAGUUUCCAUUUACAGUCAAGAAAGCAAUCCUGGAAUCGUACGUCGUCGUUAGAGAUCCAGAGCACGUCCUCAGGGUUUUCCAUUCGGAACAAAUGGUACCUGAAGGCAGCCAUGUCCAAUUGCUGUACAAAGCAGUGGGCCCACCAAAGGAGGCAAUGCGGCUUGUCGAAAAGUCCAGUCGAAGCCUUAAGAAGGACGACGAUUUCGUUUAUGCCCAGGCCACCGUGCCUCGCAAGUAUCUUCAAGGGGAUCGUUUAGCGUCCAUAUCCGAGAAAUACAUCAGCAACCUGCGUCGUAACAUGGCCAGCAAGAUGUUUCAGGAGAGGACAUGGACCGAGAUUGAAGACCUCUGGUCCUUCACCCAGCUAGAAGUAACGCGAGCGAUUGCGGAAGCCUUGUUUGGAUCGGCGCUGCUGCAGAUGCAUCCUCGGCUGGUCAGCGACUUCGUCGAGUAUGAGAGUGGCGCUGAUGAACUGGAGCGGAAACUACCGGUUUUUGCAUCCACAAAGGUGUAUCAGGCCCGUGAGCGCUUGUUGAAAGCCCUCGUCGACUGGCUGGCGAUCUCUGAUAAGGGAUCCGAAGCAGCCGAAGGAGGAGAGCCAUGGGACGCAACUCGUGGUUCGAGCUUCUUCCAAGCAAGCGAUCGUGCCAUUGCGAGGAUAGCCCCCGGAUACGCUGUGCGUGCAUCGGCGGCUUUGGCACUUCUAAGAAGAGCAGCUUCAGGCACUGCACCGCUCGCUUUCUGGUCUAUAGUUGAACUAUUACGCGAUCCAGCACUCCUCAGGAGCUUCGCCUCUCUUGUUGAACGCUCCUACGAUGCCAGAACUGGGCUCUACGAUGUUGUGCAACUCACAUCCAAUCCGCUCAUGCAAUCCAUGCACGCUGAAGUCUCACGGCUACGCACGUCCUCGCACGUGGUGCUACACAAUCGGGAGGGGGAUUUCGACUUAGACGAGAAUUGGACCAUCCCGAAAGGGUCCUUUGUGGCGAUUCCUUCGCGGCAACUUGCAUUGAACACGACACUCUGGUGCAAGGCUCGUCCGCAAGCCGUGAAGGUGCCCCUGGAGAAGUUCUGGGCUGAGCGAUUCCUGACCCACGACAAUGGUGCCAAGGCAAUUGAAAAGGCAGCCUCUGCAGGUGGAUUCGGCUUGGAGGGUGUGGAGCCUUUGAUGAUGACAACGUACGGCAGUGGUCCCCACGCCUGUCCAGGACAAGAGUUGGCCAAGGCAAUCGAGGUGGGAUCCCUCGCGGUCUUCCUUAAUGAAUACGAGAUACAACUAUCGGAUGCCGACGAGGCGGAAGAGAGGAUUCGACAGCACACCCAGAAGGACGAUUCUGGCUGCAAGAAGCCGCCGAGAAACGUGAGGAUGCGCCUCCGGAUUCGCACGGCGCCAGAGCCAAGGCAAAGGAGAUGA